AUGACGUCCAACUCAAAGCUCGUUUCUCCGUCAUCGAUUGCCCAUUUCGGGCUUCGCACGACACCGGAUAGGUUCAAAACGAUGGUCAAAUGGCACGAGAAAUUUUGGGGUGGCCGGAUCGUUAUUCAAAAUGAGACUUUUGCUAUGUUCCAGUACGACUACGAGCAUCACCGCUUAGUUAUUCUCUCGGACCCCAAUGCUAAACCUGUGGAGGAUCGCAGGAAAGCUGUUGGGAUUUAUCAUAUUUCGUCUAGCCUCAAAUCCCUCUCAGAACUGGCAACAAGCUAUGAGCAGAAGAAAGCAAUGGACAUAGUACCUCACUGGCCAGUUAAUCACGGCAUGACUACGAGCAUGUACUACUUCGAUCCAGAUGGGAAUGAAUUCGAGCUUCAGGUUGAUAAUUUUGACACGCCCGAGGAAGCUCAGGACUUCAUCAAAAGUCCAGAGUUUAGCAUUAAUCCAGUUGGAGUCGAUAUCAAUGUGGAGGAAUGGAUUGAGAGAGUUAGAAGCGGAGAGGAUGAGAGGGCGAUCAAGACAAGGCCAAAUAUUGGGCCGAGAGCGACAAGGUGGGAGAAUUCUCUGUAUUUUAAUAAGGCGGUUGCAUAA